AUGAAGGUGUUUCCCAGCAAGUCUACUGUAACUAGCAAAAACAGUGGAUUAGUUUGAAGUUGAUGCUUCAAAGUGACACUGAUUGUGGUGGUGUUUUUGUCAUUCUGUAGUUAAGGUUGUGUUGGCAUAGUUUGGCCCUGCUGCGAAGAUGUCCCUACCCACACCCACAACUGUACAGAUCCUUCAGCUCACAAAGGUACUAUACUAACUACACAACUAUGCCUUGUCUGAGCCAGAAUGGCCCAUCUUCUGUCUGAGCCAGAAUGGCUCACCUAGACAGGACGCAGAACUAUACAUGCUGUUAGUCAAACACUGUAACCUUCCAGAAAGCAACUGCAAGAUAGAAAGAAAUGUACACACACUGUUGCUGAAAUGCCCAUGUCUUCUCCUGUCAGGCCAGGGAAGAGUCGAGGGUUGUUCAGGAAGAUGUUUCUGGGCGUGGCGGUGAGUGUUCCUGCAGUUGUGGGGGUCCGGUACGCCUUUGCGGAACCUCGAGAGAGACGGAAGAUGAAGAUCUUGCUGAAGGGAGUCGGUCGCUUCUGUAGGUGGGUCCCAUCAUAAUCAUCAUCCCAAUAGUAAAUCACCAUCCUUUUUGCAUGUUGUCAAAUGUUUUGAAUAAUUUCCUUUUGAGUUACACUCAAACCAUGUCUCUCUCUCUGUCCCUACAGGUCUAUAUAUGUAGGACUCUAUAUCUCAGUAGAUUAUUGGUGGACCACCAAUGUGACGUUACGUUGCAUGGACGAGGUAAGUUUGACAGAAUACAUAUUGGUUGCGUUCCUCUGUCCAGGUGUUGCUGACGCAUGCCAGAUCUUAUAACGUCUGGAUAGGUAUUUUAAGUAUUCGCUAGCCACAUAUGUUAUAGCGAUCUGGUGCCCGACGGAACAGUCGAUGACGUGGCACGCAACCAUUGGUUGAUGCAUGCAACGUCUGAGCAGGGGAACUUGACCAUUAUGAAUUGUGACAGCCCUAUGUGUCGAUCUGUGUAUGUCUGCUAAACAAUAGGUGAGUCUGAAACGAUCUCGGUAGUUCAGUCAGGACAAUCACAUCAUCUUCCCCUCUGUGUUGCCAGAGCAGCCCAUUGUUCAUGGCAGGGAUGUCAUUGUGCCACCAAAGGGCAGCAGACCGCAUGGUGGAGGGAGCGGUGCAGAACGGGGGGAUAUAUGUUAAACUGGGACAGGGCCUGUGUGCUUUCAACCACCUGCUGCCUCCUGAGUACGUCAAGACACUGCAUGUCCUGGAGGAUAAGGCUCUCAACAGGAGAUACAAGGAGGUAAGACCUGCAGUACUUUGUCUUGUCAAACAUUGAAGAGCAGUUAAUGAAGCAAUAAGAUACAAGAGGGUGUAGUGAAAGUGAUGAGGGAGCCAUGCUUGUAGUUUUGUCACGGCUUUGAAUGCAUCUUGGCCAUUCAUAAUGGGAGGCUAGAACUAGCCAUUUUAUAAUUUACAAUGAAGUGUUGAGAAACAUUCUUACAUGAAAUUAUCUGUCACGUUCUAACAGGUAGAGUCUCUGUUCAGAGAGGACUUCAACACGACUCCAGACAGGAUGUUUAAGAAGUUUGACUAUGAGCCCAUCGCAGCAGCCAGUCUGGCUCAGGUCCACAAGGCGGAGCUGCAGGACGGGACUCCUGUUGCUGUCAAAGUGGGUUCAGGUUAACUGUACAACACAUUCAGCCACAGUUUUAACAGUUUCCUGUGUGUGAUUUACUCUCUUAAAUAGGUGUCACCUCGCCUGAUUAAACCAGGCUCGGUAUCACUCCUGAUUCUGAAUAGUAACCACUCUCUCUCCCUCUUCCCCAGGUGCAGUACAUAGACCUCAGGGAUCGGUUCGACGGUGACAUCAGGACUCUGGAGAUCCUUCUGGAUGUUAUAAAGUUCAUGCACCCCAGCUUCGGCUUCAGAUGGGUCCUCAAAGUAAGCGCUUAAACUUGUCUGCUAAUUUGGUUAAAGAUUGUCCCCCCCCCCCUCCCCUCAGAUAAUACCUCGCAGAGCAUGGUCCCCUAAACUAACCUAACGUUGGCAUUCUCUUACGAUAUUAGGACUUGAAGGGGACAUUGGCUCAGGAGCUGGACUUUGAGAAUGAGGCCAGGAACUCUGAGAGGUGUGCAGAGGAACUGAAACACUUCAAAUUUGUCGUUGUGCCAAAGGUUUACUGGGACCAAACCAGCAAGGUGAGACCCAGAACUAUUCACUGCUGAAAAUCACACAAUGGCUGCAUUCAAACAGGCAGCCCAUUUCUGAUCUUCUUCCCCACUAAUUUGUCUUUAGACCAAUCACAUCAGAUCUUUUAACAUCUCUUUUUCAGAGCUGAUCUGAUUGGUCAAAAGACCAAUUAGUGAAGAAAAUAUCAAUAUUGGGCUGCCUGUCUAAACGCAGCGUUUGAUACCACUUUUGUAUUAAUGUAUUGUACUGUAAUAAACAAACCAUUUCCUUUAGAGAGUGUUGACUGCAGAGUUCUGUGAAGGCUGCAAAAUCAACAAUGUGGAAGAAAUCAAAAGACAAGGACUUAGCUUGAGCGAUGUAAGUACCUAUCGUGACACAGUAGAGCAGCCUUUGUCUAUGAUCAUUAGUACUCGGAUAAGUAUUUAAACCAUCGUCUCUGGCUUUUCAGACUGCUGACAAGCUGAUCCGUACGUUUGCAGAGCAGAUAUUUUACACGGGCUUCAUCCACGCUGACCCUCACCCUGGCAACGGUAGGUCAGGGGGCAUGUUUACAGUUUCUGCUGAACUCUUAACAUGCUCAUUUAUUGAUUUGCUUAACUUGUAUCAGGGCAGUUUCCAAGAGGUUUUUCCAGAGUUAACUUUUUAAAAAGGUCAAGUUGAUAUCAAAUAACUGUACGACAAUAUUAGCUAAAAAUGACUUGGUGACCUUGAAUGCAUGUUAUCUGUACCAUGUCACAGUGCUUGUGAGAAGAGGUCCAGACAAGAAGGCAGAGCUAGUAUUGUUGGAUCACGGCCUGUAUGAAUACCUCAGUGAAAUGUAAGGUUUAAACUAUAAUACUAAGCCAUUUAGCAGACACUUUUAUCCAAAGCAACUCACAGUAGUGUGUGGGUACAUUAAUAGUACAGCUUGUAUGUUUUACUAUCAGCUCUAACCGUUGACCUUUGACCCUGUAGUGACAGGGUAGCGCUGUGCAAACUGUGGCGGUCCAUAGUCCUGAGAGACAACACUGCCAUGAAGAGGUACUCCAACAGCCUGGGGGUCAAAGGUGAGAGGACAAUUAAUAUUUCAUUAUAUUUCAAACUGUUUCAUUCAUUUAAACAGUAGUCGUAUGCCUUAAACAAAUCCAGUCUCACAACAGACUAAUAAAAUGCUUACAAUAUCCUGAUUCCUAUCAGACUACUUCAUCUUCUGUGAGAUGCUGCUGCAGCGGCCAAUCAACAUGCGGGAGCUGGGCAUGUCCAACAUCCUGAGUCAUGAAGAGACAUCCUAUAUGAAGGACAUGGCUGUCAAUCACUUUGACAACAUCAUGGCUGUUCUCAAGUCCAUGCCACGCCCCAUGCUGCUGGUGUUCAGGAACAUCAACACGGUCCGCAGCAUCAACAUCACACUGGGAGCUCCGGUAGACAGAUACUGUGUCAUGGCCAAGAGGUGAGUAGCAGCAGCAUCAACAUCUGGCUGGGAGCUCUGGUGGACAGAUACUGUGUCAUGGCUAAGAGGUGAACAGACGAUUGUUUCACAUAGCAGCAGUUGUAGAUACUUGCUAACCUGUUGUCCUGUCUCCAGCGCUGUGCAAGGCUGGGGGCGGCUCCAGGCAGAGAGGCCGGGAGUUCUUCCCAGGUUCAGGGUGUUCCGAUGGGUGUGGACCUCCUGGGAGAGCCUCAAGUUCGAGUGUGCCCUGAGGUAACGAAUUAUCCAACACUAUACACUCAGUAACCACGUUUCCAUCCACAGUUUUUAUGCGAGUAAAAUCAUACUGUAUAAAAAAAUAAUAAAUCAUGACAGCUGUGAUGGAAACGGGAAGUUUCGGUACAAUUUUAUGAAUGCCGACAGAUCAUUUGUUCGUAAGAUUAAUUAUGCGAGAAUUGGCAGUGGAAAUGCCUUUAUGCGAAAAUAUUUAUAUAAUAACCAUCAUAUUUAAGUGAACUUGGAGUCACGUGAUAUGGUGUGGUCUUCCCACUAGGACUCGGGAAAGCAUGCAGUUUAUUAGGCUACAGAUGAGAAGUUGUGAAUUUCACAGGGUGGUGAAAGUGCACAGUGAUCUUGAUGCUCCUUUCCAAUAAAUAUCCAGGGUCUUAUUCUGGUGACAUGAUGAUCGAUGCUUGACUGCCGUUUGACAAAUCCAAAUAUUCUCACACUUAUCCAUAAUAAUUCCAUUAUGUAGACUAGCCUACUCGCACUGUAUCUGCGAACGGUUGGCUAGAGCGCAAGCGUCAACAUCUCCUAGGUCUCACCCCCCCUUUGCCUCCAGAUCACCCUGUAUUCUUCAGGGCAUGGAAGCAUUGCUCAAUUGGUAUUUCUAGAUUCUAAAUAAACAGUCAAACUUGCGGACGACUAGUAAAGCUCAAACCAAGUUUAUUCACCCACUGGGUCACACAGCUGCAUAAAACAAAGACAUGUUUCCACCAGCACAAGUAUUUAUACCCCCCUUUAGGCAGUCUCCUCCUUUUCUCUAAACACAUCUUUGUUGCUAGGCAGGACUUUAGUGAUGCCUGUUCUUUCUCACUUCAUCUGACCUGACCUGGGCCCAAAUUCCUCACUCCUCCCCAACUCACGGCUGUCCUACCUUAUCUGUUGACUGGAACCAGACUGUGACCCUUCUCCUCUCCAUAGGACACCUGAGAUUUAACAAGAACAUGUUCUUCCUGCACUCACCUUUCUCACUCAGUAGAUUUCCAUACCCUCAGUUCUAAUAUGGUAACAUGAAUAAGGAUAUUUCAAGUUUAGAAGUUAGUACCCAACAGUCCCCUUUAUGAACAAUAACUCCAUACUGUUCAACAUUAUAUAAACUUGGAGAUUACUUUUUUUUUUUAAUGAAACGAUUAACAUUCAGUUGACUUGUAUAUUUACACCUCAGAUUUAUGGCCUCUGCUCUAUAAUCACACUAUGCACACUCUUAUUUCCUUCUCUCAUCAGACAACUGAUGACGACAUUUCAGCUGGAGCUUUUGACUUUCUCCACUUCCUCAGAGUAAUAGCACCACUUGAAAAGCAAAAAGAAACACAAAACAUGUUAAGCUAUGCAUAAUUAUAUUUGCAAAGAAAAACCGAAGUUUGAUAACAUGACGAUUCCCACUCUCGCUUCGCCUGACUAUGCCUUCGGGAUAAUUUUCUGCUGGGUUCCACAAAAAUGAAGGCCCUAAAAAACCUAAUGCUUUCACCCAGUCAUCCCCCGUUAAGCCACAGGUUACAAGAGGUGUUCCCAAGCCAUGUCAUUUUCACUUCGCUCCCCAUCUCCUUCAUAUUUCAAGUUUAAAAGUUAGUACCCAACAGUAUCAAGGGACCUAACGUGUUCCAGGAAAACAUUCCCCACACCAUUACACCACCAGCCUGUACCGUUGACACCAGGCAGGAUGGGGCCAUGGACUCAUGCUGCUUAAGCCAAAUCCUGACUGCCAUCAGCAUGACGCAACAGGAUCCGGGAUUUGUCAGACCAUGCAACGUUUUUCCACUCAAUUGUCCAGUGUUGGUGAUCGCGUGCCCACUGGAGCCGCUUCUUCUUGUUUUUAGCUGAUAGGAGUAGAAACCGGUGUGGUCGUCUGCUGCAUUAGCCCAUCUGCGACGAGGACCAACGAGUUGUUCGUUCAGAGAUGCCUUUCUGCACACCACUGUUGUACUGCGCCGUUAUUUGCCUGUUUGUGGCCCGCUUGUUAGCUUGCACGAUUCUUGCCAUUCUCCUUCGACCUCUCAACAGGCUAUUUUCGCCCACAGGACUGCCGCUGACUAGAGGUUUUGUUUGUCGCACCAACCCUAGCUAGACCAGGGUUUCCCAAACUUGGUCCUCGGGGUGCACGUUUGGUCUUUGCCCUAGCACUACAGCAGAUUCAAAUAAUGAAUUAAUCAUAAAGCUUUGAUCAUUUGAAUCCGCUGUGUAGUGUUGGGGCAAAAACCAAAACAUGCACAACCCUUGGGGUCCCGAGGACCGAGUUUGGGAAACGCUGCCCUAGACACUGUCGUGCGUGAAAAGCCUUGGGGAUACUGGAACCGGCGUGCCUGGCACCAAUCAUACCACGCUCCGUCGCUUAGGUCACUAGUUUUGCCCAUUCAAACGUUCAAUCGAACAGUAACUGGAUGCCUCUGCCUGCUUUUAUAUAGCAGGCCAUGUGACUCACUGUCUGUAGGAGUGAACGAUUUCUGCUAACGGGGUUGUGUACCUAAUAAACUGGCCACUGAGUAUAUAUCACUAUAUCAGUAGACCCGACUGGGUAGGUCUUGCUCCAGACAUUCCCCUUAAAUACAUAAAUCAGCAUAUUUAGUUCCUACAAGAUUGCCUAAAACAUUAACUUCAAUCAUUGUAUCUUCCCAGGUCAGAAAUGGCGAUGAUGAGUCUGACACGAUCCCUGCUAUCCCUGUUGUCUUACUUCAACCUCAUAUCACUGGAUGAGGAAGUCUACCAAUAUCUGAAGUAGAGGCUGACACCCUGACACACCAUACCUCAGCUGCAUACCUGAGACUAGUGACUCCUGAUUAAAGCUCAAGAAAUGCAACCCGUUCGACAGGAGGAUAACUACUGAAUAAGUAUUUUAAUAUGAUAGUUGUCAAAUGGACAGAUGGGCUGCUACAAUGGUGCUAUACAUUUCCCACAUCUACAGUACAUACCAAAUCUGCUUUGGCAGAAUGAAGACUAUCAUGUGUCUUA